AUGGGAUACAAUUCUGUGUCCCUAAUAGUAACAAUCCUGCUCGUGGUGAUUACAUCGCCCGUGGUUUUCGGUAACGAUGCAGCACCAAUUCCGCAGAACAAAGGCCGAAUCGAGCAGUGGUUCAACACCAACGUCCCGUCGUUGGCUAGUAGAAAAAGCACAUUAGAUCCAGCUCUAUUGACAGCCGAGGCUAAGCCACGUAUCAUAAAGGUGAAACAAAAUGGAAGAGGUCACUUCAAGACAAUAACUGAAGCGAUAAAGAGUGUAGGGGAAGGGAACACUAGGCGGGUGAUCAUCAAGGUAGGUCCUGGUGUAUACAAAGAGAAGGUCACGAUAGAUAGAAGCAAGCCUUUCAUCACACUGUACGGUCAUCCAAAUGCAAUGCCGGUAUUGACAUAUGACGGUACCGCAGCACAAUAUGGGACAGUCGAUAGCGCAACUCUCAUUGUCUUGUCCGACUAUUUCAUGGCUGUUAACAUCAUCGUUAAGAACUCUGCGCCUAUGCCUGACGGUAAGAAGAAGGGUGCACAAGCUUUAUCUAUGAGAAUCUCUGGCAACAAAGCAGCUUUCUACAACUGUAAAUUUUACGGUUAUCAAGACACGGUUUGCGAUGACACCGGAAACCAUUUCUUCAAAGACUGCUACAUCGAAGGCACAUUUGAUUUCAUCUUUGGAAGCGGACGCUCUCUAUACCUAGGUACACAACUAAACGUUGUGGGAGAUGGAAUCAGAGUGAUCGCAGCUCAGGCGGGAAAAAGCGCCGAAGAGAAAAGCGGAUACUCGUUCGUGCACUGCAAGGUUACAGGCACGGGAACCGGGAUCUACUUGGGUCGAGCAUGGAUGAGCCAUCCUAAGGUUGUUUAUGCAUACACUGAUAUGUCAAGUGUCGUGAACCCGUCUGGAUGGCAAGAAAACCGCGAGACUGAACGUGACAAGACGGUGUUCUAUGGAGAGUAUAAGUGCUCAGGACCAGGAUCGCACAAGGAGAAAAGAGUAAAGUAUACACAAGACAUUGACGAUAUAGAAGCGAACUACUUCAUCUCGCUUGGCUACAUCCAAGGAUCCAGCUGGCUCCUUCCUCCUCCCUCUUUCUAAUGCAACUACCAAAUUAAUCAACCACUCAAUGUACUUUAUUUUGUUUAAAAGGAAACAUAUGUGUAUGUGGAGGAGA